AUGGAGAGGAGGGAACAUGUAAUCUUGACAUUCUACAAUCCUGAGGUUCCCAAAAUCAAGGGGAAGCGGAACUACCAAAGGCCUACCCUCCCCACCAGCAAACAUCUGAGUGCCUCAAUGCCACUCCAGAGGAGGCAGCAGCAUGUGGAUCAGACACACACCUAUAUCCGAAUGUUUUGUGGCAGCCUCUGUGGUUUUGGCUUCCUAAUCCUAAUCUGCAUGUGCCCACUGAACUGGGUGCAGUACCUGGUGAUCAAGAAUGGCCUUGAGUUCUACGCAGGACUAUGGACCUCAUGCAACCAUGAGCUGUGCUGGAGCCACACACCCAAGCCUCCCUACUACCUCCAAUCCUCCAGGGCCUUCUUCCUCAUCUCUGUCCUCACCAUACUCACUGGCCUUAGCUGGCUCUUCAGAGCUUAUCUCCCUAGAAGUGGAAGCAUGACCACCAACUUGGAUCUGAAGGUAUCCAUGCUCAGCUUCACCUCAGCCUCCUGCUUGCUUCUCUGCCUCAUCCUGUUCCUGACACAAGUUCAUUGGCAUAGCAGAGAUGUCAUGGAGUCAAAUCUACUAUGGACCUAUUAUCUUAAUUGGUGGGGUGGCUUCUUAUACAUGUUUGCUGGGAUAAUAUCUUUUCUCAACCACUUAACAUCCAGAUCUUCCUCCCUUGAUCGAAACAUCACUGUGAUUCCCACAGAGAGGUCAAGGCUGGGGAUUGGUCCAGUUACUACUGUUAAAGAUGAAGGGUCAGGGCCUCAGGUGGAAAUUCAAAGGCUGUGGGAGCUGGCGAAUUCCAAAAUCUGGAAGUCAGACAGCAAGCUUUUCAACUCCCUUUUCAACUGA